GGGCCGAGCUUCCCACAGAACAGGGCUGUGUGCGAGGGAAAAGUGCAUCAGUGCGGGGAAAACCAGCCUAGGGGGCACUUCCGAGCAAGCGAGGGAGCGGAGAGCUUGCGAGGGCCAGGCAGGGAGAGACAAAGAGAGGGGAGGACAUGAGCCAAGGGAAAGGCGGAGAACAGGGGAUCAGCUGAGUUAAAUCACGCAAGAAAAGCUCUUCCCCUCCGGCACAUCCCUAAGAAGCGCAGGGACAGGUUACCCCCCCCCCCCCCCCUUUUUCUAUUUUUUUUUUUGGCAAGAAGACAAAGCAGCAAGUGGCCCCAUGGGGAAAGGGGGCGAGAAAGGAGGGGAGUCGGGGGAGCCGGAGGCGCAGAUCCGCUUCUACACCUGGGAGGAGAUCCAGAAGCACAACCUGAGGACGGACAAGUGGCUGGUGAUAGAACGAAAGGUUUAUAAUGUCACCAAGUGGGCAAACAGACACCCGGGGGGUCAACGAGUGAUCAGCCACUGCGCCGGCGAAGAUGCCACGGAUGCGUUCCAGGCCUUCCAUAUCAACCCCACCUUGGUGCAAAAGUUUCUCAAGCCAUUACUUAUUGGAGAGCUUUCUCCAGGUGAACCUAGCCAGGACCGAGGUAAAAACUCCCAGCUGGUGGAGGAUUUCCGGACCCUGAGGAAGACAGCAGAGGAGAUGAACUUGUUCAGGGCAAAUCCUUUGUUCUUCUCUCUUUACUUGGCCCAUAUUAUUGCAAUGGAAGUUUUGGCUUGGUUCAUGGUUUCAUACUUCGGCACUGGCUGGAUCACAACUCUCAUCCUCGCCUGCAUCCUUACAACUUCCCAGGCCCAGGCAGGGUGGCUGCAACAUGAUUUUGGACACCUGUCCGUCUUUAAGAAGUCUUCCUGGAACCACAUCAUCCACAAGUUUGUCAUUGGACACCUGAAGGGUGCCUCUGCAAACUGGUGGAACCAUCGUCACUUCCAACACCAUGCCAAGCCCAACAUAUUCAAGAAGGACCCAGAUGUGAACAUGCUGCAUAUUUUUGUCCUCGGAGAUACACAGCCUGUUGAGUAUGGCAAGAAGAAGCUGAAGUACCUGCCUUACAACCACCAGCACGAGUACUUCUUCCUCAUCUUCCCGCCUCUGCUCAUCCCUGUGUAUUUCCAAAUCCAAAUCAUCUCGACCAUGAUCAGGCGCAGGUUCUGGGCGGACCUAGCCUGGGCCAUCAGCUACUACAUGCGCUACUUCAUCACAUACAUCCCAUUCUAUGGCGUUCUGGGAUCCCUGUCUCUCCUCACUUUUGUCAGGUUUCUGGAGAGUCAUUGGUUUGUGUGGGUCACCCAGAUGAAUCACAUUCCAAUGGAAAUUGAUUGUGAGAAGCACAGAGACUGGCUUAGCUCGCAGGUGGCAGCCACCUGCAAUAUUGAGCAGUCCUUUUUCAACGACUGGUUCACCGGACACCUGAAUUUUCAAAUCGAGCACCACCUGUUUCCAACAAUGCCACGGCACAAUUUCUGGAAGGUGAAACCUUUGGUGAAGUCAUUAUGUGCUAAGUAUGGGGUCCAAUAUGAAGAGAAGCCUCUUGGAAAAGCAUUUGUAGACAUCGUUGGGUCCCUAAAGAAAUCUGGAGAUCUGUGGCUGGAUGCUUACCUCCAUAAAUGAACGUGACUCUUAACGGGGAGGUGUGAGUGACAGGGAGGGAUGGGGGGGUUUGCACGGGGGAGGGGAAUCACACAUGUGUCUUUUACUCUCAGAUUUCAGUCUAUACCUGCAUACACAGUUGGAGGGGAGUUUCCUGUCUUGUGAACUGGCACGGGCUCAGGCACCCUGUUUAAUCCAGACAGAUUUAAGAUGUGUUUCAGAGGAUGAAAAGCAAUACCAGUAUUGCACAAAACAGAAGGUUGGGAGAGGAUGGAGAGGAGUAGUGUUUAAAAAAGGGGCAUUAAUAUCUGACCUUGACCUUCUCUUCACAAGAUUAAUACUCGUUCUACCUAAACCACAAAGCCCCUGAUUCACAGAUACAUAAGACUUGUUAGGCGUCAGCGAGUAUUUACAAUCCAGGGACACCCCAGUCAGCUUAUGCCUCUUUCCCAUGUUUGCAUAAAUGAGGAGCUUAGCACAGAGUUUCAUUUUGUUCUCAAGCACAAAAGUACCGCCGCCUCUGAUGCCCAUCCCAACAGGGAGCUCAGGUGGGCUGCGAUGCCCAGCAGCUCUGCCUGCAGGAAUCACACCCCACGGGGACCAUCAGCUGCCGUACCAUGACGGAGCUUUCAGCCCUGGCUGUCUUGGGGCUCUCCCCUUUCCCUCCGUUCUUCCUCUAAUCAUAGCAUCACUUCAGUAAAAGCUGACCCUGCACAACUAAUGUCUAACCACCUCUCAGCAGGGUUAAAAUAGCUGUAUUUUUAUGACCAGCCCCUAUUUCCAGGGGUUCGUGGAAAAUCUUUGGGCUUAAACAGCAAAAUGCCUCCUUUAGGAGAGGGUCUAUUUUCUCUUUAACAAGCAACAGGUCUGUCAUAGCGUUAUGGCUGUCAGUAAAUUACACAAAAGACCAAAAUAAGUCACAUAAGCAAAACGUACUAAUUGCUCGCGAGUGCUCCCGUGUAACCACAAAUGGCCUUUCCAGCAGCGCAGUUAGGCAGUGUGCUGCAAAACCACGCGGUUCCGCCUGUCUGCACACGCCUGGCAGAAACCAAGCCUCCUCCUGCUUGUCACAGGCAGGAGCAGUGGCACUGUUUACCCUUCUCUUGGGAACAAACAGCAAAGAAAACGAGCUCUCCCUGCAAAAGCAGGAGCUGCCCAGCCAUUCGGCUCUGCUCCCAGUUCCUUCAGGGAGGCAGCUGCCCACAGAACUACUAGGCUGUGCUGGGGGGUAAGAAACCUCCUGUAGAACCCUCUUACAAGUUGUCUAAAACUCUAUUUUCCACCCAACACCUAAUUCCCCAAAUCCACGACUGGCUUACCGGGAGGUACGGUUGAAUAGCUUCCAGGUGCGUCUCUAACAGGCAGCCUGACCCCAAACAAAUCAAGGGCUUAAAGUCAGCCGUAACACAACAGAAGAGACGUACUCUUUAGUUUAUGAUAAAGGGCCGUGGUUUCAAAAGCAGCCUCCAGUUCCAAGGGCCAUGUGGUUGCUCACUGAAAACCCCCAGUACUCUAGUUAUUAGGCAAUGACUUCGCACGCCUCAUUACUUUGCUCAGCUCUGAAACUGGAUCCUCUCUAUCAAAUCCUUGAAUGCUAACACAGUCCCACAAAAUCAGCAAAGUUCUUUGUGAACAAAGACAACGCCAGGACUGUGGCCAGCCACUUAAAAAAAAAAAAAAGGUAUUCCCACCCCCCUCUGGAGAAUAAAAUGAGAUUAUUUCUUUGCUUACGGACAAGAAAUUCAUAGGCAGGACUGCAGCUUAACCUAGCUAGUAAUACUUACGGUUUUUACGGGCUUAUUUUGGUGUUCUUGCCCACCCCUAAGCUGGCAGUACCUGAAUAGCACUAUGAAUGGUUAGGAUGAAAACCUGCUGUCUCCGGGUUGUCUGACGCUCAAACUGACUUUGAGUAAUUUUCACAGUUGAUUUCUAAUCACAAGCAAUAAAGUCCUCCUGGAUGCUGUGAUUUCCCAGACAGGUAGCAAAAGGCUAGCCCGGGAUCGUGGCUAUCAUCGUAGGUUGCCUUCAUAUGUGGAUCUCCUUCUGACUCCUUGAAUGUACCUUACUGUCUCUGCGCCAGCAAGGAUGACCGCAAGCCCACAGUAGCAUCAGCGAUGCGAUCUUUUAAAAACUCAGCUCAUUUUUCUGACAGUUCAUAUUUUUUCACCCCUCCAGUUCUUAUUUCCAGAGCAAAUGGUUUCUCAAUACAAACACCUCUUCCUCCCUAGCACCGUCCCCUUUUCUCUCCCCUACCUUUCUUCUUUGGAAACUGCUUUCUAACACCUAGAGAAAACACAGAAAACUGGUAGCUUGGCCUCAGUAAAUAGUUCUGCUUUAGCAGCUUGGUUUCCUUCUUGCCACUGACCAUUCUAGGAAGGACUGUUUUUCUGCUAAAAACCCAAAGUCCUGCCAACAACAGCCUGGCCUGACAGCACCUAGGAGACAGCAGCUACUGCUGAUGGUUGAAAGAACUCGAAACGUUCGAGGAGCGUGACGACGCUGCAACGAUCUGCAGGAGAGACCAGCUCUUAGGCAAAUGGGCAGGUUUUUUGCCCAAGACCUUAGCACAACAUAGCAAAGGGAAGAAAGGAGGGGACAGGAAAGGUCUUGAUAUUAACUCUUCCCCAGCUACUUGCUUCUUUCAGACUCUCGAAAAAUUCCCUUUCCAUGAAAAAUAUUCAGUUGCUGAAAUCCAGGAAUAAAAAAACCGUGCAAUGUUACAGUCAGAACUGAUUUCCAAGCAUCAUGCAUCAUCCUUGGUAUGGCAAGAGCAAAAGGUCUGUUCUGCAAGGCACCGGUCACCAGCCCUUUGUAACUAGCUGCGUAUCUUCCUUAUUCAUCGAUCUUAGACCUGCAAAAAGUUUGUCUGCUGAAAAUGUAAAAUGCUGGUUACUUUUUCAGGCAAAGCCUCUCUGGCUUGUACAGUUUCUUCCCCUCCCUCCAAAAAAAUCCCAGCCCUCUAUUUUGGAAUACAAGCUCAUAUGUGCCUUGAUGUAUAAGCUCUCCAUCCUUUAACUGGAGCAGGUCAAACAGAUCCCUGACAAAGAGCCCUGCAAGUCUGGAGCAAUCUGCUUCGCUAUAAUUUUAAGUAGCACCAAAGUGCAAUCAGGUUUACAGGAGAUGUUCCAGAAGUUUCAGUAAGACUGCGAACUUAGGUGGAAAUAAAGUUCACCUGACCUUGCUUGGCUUUGCCUCCAACCUGGGCAAAAUGCAGCCAUCAAUGACAGAUGAGCCUCCCUUCGCAGGUUACAAUUAGCUAUCAAAAUGGUUCAAACACAGAAAUUUAAGUACAGUUUUGUCUGGCUUUGUGAGGACUGUAACUAACUAGUUUCUCUGAAAAUAAUGAGGUGAAACCUUGUACACUUUCUCUUUUAGUAAAGGUCAUUCAGUUGCACUGUAAUGAGACAAACACACACACACAAAAAAAUCUGUAAAACACGCUGGGAGCCUGCCAGGGUUUAUUUAACCCAGCUAAACCCCAUCAUUGGCUACACGAGCACUUGGCAACGGAGAGAGGCCGUGAGCUGGAAACACAGAGUUUGUUUCAGGGCAGAUAAUAAAACAAUAGGCAGGAAAGGACUGGCUUUGAUUCUCUCCAGUCACUUGUUAGCAGGGACUGGAGGACCGGGAUGGUCAAAGGCAGUUGGCAGAGAAAGGCAUUAACUGAAGCAAGUGCAGCAAGAGAAGCCUCUGGGCAGGAGAGAGAUGGGCAUGUGUUUUGGGAGAAGUACAGAGCUCGGAGAAAUGUGGGAUGGGAACUGGCUGCGGAGGGUUAUAUGACAGAGAGAAAAAAUACCGAGGGGGUGGAGAGAGAAGAAAAGGCAACUUGAAAUCAGGUGCCCCAUAUUCUCCCAUUCAUCGCUGGUACCUGCCUGGACAAGAGGUUAUGCUGGAGCCAGGAGGCAAGAGAGGGCAGUACAGGGGUAGCACACACAGUGCCCUUCAAUAGUGUGUGUUGGUCCCCCAAGAGGUACAUCCUUCUCCUGCACUCUCGCUAAAAUAGGUUAAAGCCGUAGCUUAGACCUUCAGCCCCAAAAAUUAACUCCACUGAAGGCCAUGGGUCUGUGCCAGCCGUGUGAACUCACAUGAAGCCUAGUCCCAGGUUUCCAGGCAGAGGCACAAUGGGAAUUAGGGGAUUUGCACUGAGAUUUUUUUCCUUUAAGCAUGGAUUUGAGGAGUCUAAGAUCCCAGCUGACUCUGAUAUAGGGCUUGGGAGGCUCAAAGCACCAGCACAACCUCAUCAGGACAUAUCUCCAGUCACCAUCACUCCUUGUGACAGGGGCUGAUCACACUGGCUGGAUUUUAGUGUUCAUUAGGGCAAAGACAUCCUUUUCUUUCUGUAACAAGCUGCCAUGUCCCGGCCAUGGCCUCUUCUAAAUAGAUGCUUUCCUAAGAAAGCCUUCCUAACAGAGUCCUAACAUUUCCAGUGUUUUCUAGGCAUUUUUAAACAUCAAAACCACAUUCCUUACAAGACAGUUCCUGAUUAUUUCAUUCUUAAAAAAAAAAUUAAAAAAAACAUAACUCAGAACAAUUUUUUUCUUGUGUAUUCUACCGCUCAAUAAAAUCAUAACUAUUUGUUGACCAUAAAA